AUGACGGACACCACAAGCUUAUCAAGACAUCAGCCCCGAAAACCACAUCCACAAAAGCGGCAAAAGCGGCCGCAAUUGACACAUUUUCUCUGUCUCCCUCUUGUAAACACCAGAUCUCUGCCACAGCUAGACUCAUCACUCGCCGCCUUCAAAACUGCUCAUCUUGCUGAACCUGGAUCAAGUUCUCAAUCGUCCUCUAGGGGCCAUGGGGACACCCCCGGCCUGGGUCUUCCCAGCACAGCCUUUCGUCCACUGGGAACACUUCACCUUACUCUUGGAGUGAUGAGUCUCAGCAAUAAAGAGCGUCUCGAUCAAGCUCUUACUUUUUUCCAGUCCCUCGACCUAGCAGACAUAAUGAACGAGGCGGAGCAAGUCACCGCUCGCACACAACAAAAAAGCGCCCUUCGCCAAUCAUCGCCCCUGACAGUUUCUCUAGAGUCAUUACAUGCUUUGCCGCAGGGGAAGUCGGCGACCAUCCUAUAUGCUUCCCCGGUCGAUCCUACAGGCCGCUUGCUUCCAUUUUGCGUAAAGCUACGUGACAAAUUCAUCGAGGCUGGCUUCAUCCAAAGUGAGCCCGACAGAAAACCAACAGGAAAAAAAACCCCCACCAUUCGCUUUGCCCAAGACAGUUCUCAGGAAUCUGAACCCACUACCAUUUCUAGUGAUGUGUCUUCACAACAACCAAAGCCGCGACCACUCCUCCUACACGCGACUAUUGUCAAUACUAUUUACGUUCGUGGACGACAGGCCCAGAGCAAAGAUGCCAAGGGCAACAAUUCAUCCAAACGCCUUACAUUUGAUGCUCGCAACCUUGUAUCACAUUAUUGUAAUUACUACUCUGAUGACAAGCGAACUAUCUUACACCGAGCACCUGCUGGAUCUUCCGCAGACACCAAGAAUGAACCCUGCCGUGCAAAAUCUUCACCAACACCCGACAAAAACACUAUUCCCUCCACCCACAGAAGCCAGUCGGCCCCUUCUCUUCCGCCGUCGCGGGGCUAUCCUUUUGUUUGGGCAAAGGAAAUUCCUCUGGAUACUAUCUGUAUCUGCGAAAUGGGCGCCAAGAAACUAUAUCCUGGUGUCGACGACCGUCAUGGUUUGAAUGAACGUCUUGGCGAGAAAUAUACGGUCAUUGCGGAACGGAGUCUCAGUCCAAGAAUGUCGUCGCGUCAUUUGUCGAACAUAACGCCCCCGCGUAACAACCUUCCGCCCAGCAGAAAAUGA